UGCAUGCUGCCAGUAUUCUACAAUGGCUUUAAGAUGGAUGCUCGUAUUCGUAGUUCUUUUAGACAACACAGUGUCCAGCUCUGAAGACACACUGUUUGUGCAGACAGGAGGAUCUGUUACACUGGAUAUACAGACACAUGAACUACCAGAGUUUGAUGAUUUAGUCUGGAUAAAUGAGAAAUAUGAUAAUAUAAAUAUAUUAAAAUAUAUAAAUGCAUCUAAAACAGCAAGACUUCACACUUCCUACAAGAACAGAAUGUAUUUCAAUACUGAAACGUUUUCUCUGACAUUGAAGAACAUGCAGAAGACAGACAGUGGAGUUUACAGAGCCAGUGCAAGUGGAGAAUUCAACAUAAUUGUGGCGAAACACAGAGUAUCUGUUAUGGAUCCAGUGGAAGCUCCUGUACUGUCUGAAAACUUCUGUAGCUUUACAUGUAUAGGACAUCAUUUUACAAUCAGCUCCACUUACAAUAACAGCUGUUUUCAAGAGGAAGUGAGAUCAUCUGGAAACUACACUCUAAGCUUGUAUUGCAGUGGUGACUUUAUCAUCUGUAACCAUAGCAACCCCGUCAGCUGGAUGAGUGAUACAAAGGAAGUUAAUGAAUCCUGCACUAUUAAUAAAGACACAAGAAGCACUGGACCGCAAUCUGAGUAUAUCUCUUGGUUAAUUCCCCUUAUUUUCUUAUUGGCUUUGGUUGUGGCAGUGGUCGGCUUCUGUUUCUGUAGGAAUAAAAAAGAUGCACAAGAGGGUGAAAAUACAAUUUAUGCAGAAGUUACGGAGGACAACAAGCCAAAGCCACAGGAGAUGCUGGAGAAAUCAGAAAAUCCUAAAACUGUGUACGAUACUGCAGGAGCGCAACCAUGUGUUACUAUGGAAACCAACCUGACCACACCCAAUCCUGACUCUAUGAAUCAGAAUGCAGCACCAACAGAGAAGAGCGACCCAGACAAACCAGUCACUGUCUACUGUGCCAUUCAAAAGCACUCAAAACCCUUGAUAUCUGAAACUGAAAACACCAUUUAUGCAGUUGUCAACAAAACCUCAGCCUGCUUUGAAUCGGCACAGUAACUGAAUUGAAAUGCAUUAAAAGUAUCCUCAUCUGUACAGUGUAUAUACUAUGAUGUCGAUAUAGAAAACGACUGAAUUUAUUGAAAUUGUACAAUUGCUGCAUGUUUGUGACUCAGAGGAAUGCUAUUUCAGUAGAGAUUUCCAUUGCUGAUUCCUCACAACCCUUGAGAUCAUACUUUAAAACCACUUCCUGGAAAGUGUGUGUGUUGGUCUGUAACAGUCAAGUCAAAGGGGGCGUUAGGGGUGUUUGUUUGGUAAAAGCUGCAUCCCUUUGAAAUGCAUUUAGACUGUUGAUACUGCUGUAGUGAGUAAAGAGUAUACUGCAUAGAGUGCACCAGUGCUCCUAUUAUGGCAGCAUUACUGUAGCUCUAUCGUGCAGAACUGGACAAAUCAAAGGACUUUCAGAAACAGAAAUAAAAAUAAGGGGUUCAGGCCUGCUAUUUCCUUCUCCCUCAAAAGUAAAUACUAUUCUGUUGUACUUUCUCACUUGUAAGUAGCUUUGACUAAAAUGCAUUUGCUUAAAGCAUAAACCUGAAUUGUAAAUUUUAUUUUGUCAUUUUAACGGUAAAAGACUAAAAAUGCUACAGAAAUAAAAUGUUAAUUGAUAAAUGAAUAUUAAUUGUAAAAUAUACAGUAUAUAUUUUAAGUUUUUACAAUAAAAUGUUGUAAAAAUAUAUAUGUUUUUAGAAGUAAAAUGUAUAAUUAAUGGUAAAAAUGUACAUUGUUUAACAAGAGAGUACAUGUACUUUUUACAGUAAAAUAUUGUAAAAAUUACAGUAAAAACAACAAUCUGGCGUUCCCACAUUUCUCUGCAUGACCCAUCAUAUUUCAUUAUAUGUUAUGGGAAUAGUUAUGUUUUUUCUUAUUUCUAUUAUCAGUUAUGUACAUUGGGGUGUUGUGUUUUAUAUUUAAUGUAGCUUAGUUCAUGUUUACUGCAGUAUUAAAAUUUCACAUGUGUUACCCGGAUGGUGUUUAGGCACUAUUGAUGAACUUCAUGUCAUCAUGUGCUCUUCUGUCAUUUUUACAAUACCUUCUUAAGUAAACAGCAGAGUUUUACAGUUUCAGAAGGUUAAUAUAAAGUUUGACAUUUUUGUUUUUACUGUAAAUUUAACAGAUUUUUUUAUUUUUUUACAUUGCCAUCGUGGGCAUGUAAAUUACAAUAGAUUUAAACUGUAAUAUUUCAGGUUGUUCUAUAAAUUUGGUUACAUUUUUACUGUAUUUUUACAAAUUAUUCUGGCAAACACGGCUACCUUUUUUGUUUUGUUGUAAAAACGGGAUUAUUUACAGUGUGUAUUCCACCUGUUUUAACUGAUUAUCGAGUGUUUAUCUGCAUCUGUUGCUUUUUUCAGUUUGUUCUGUUUCUCGAGUUUGUAUUCAUCUUUUGAAACUCUCGAGUGUAGCCUGUUUAACUGUUCUUGCUAAUUUUAACUUUCAUGAAAAGACUCUUGAAUAAAAUCUAUUAUGCUUAAAAGAUUAUUCCUGGUUAGAUACAAGUUAAGGUCAACUGACAGCAUUUGUGACAUUAUGUUGAGCACCACAAAAAAUAUUUGUACUUUUCUUAAAAAAAAAAAAAAUGCAAAAACUUGUGUUAAGCAAA